AUGGAACUUGAUUUUGGACACUUUGACGAAAGAGACAAGGCGUCCAGAAACAUGCGAGGCACACGGAUGAACGGCUUGCCCAGCCCCACUCACAGUGCUCACUGUAGCUUCUACAGAACCCGGACCUUACAGGCGCUGAGUAACGAGAAGAAAGCCAAGAAGGUGCGUUUCUAUCGCAACGGGGACCGCUACUUCAAGGGGAUUGUAUACGCCGUGUCCUCCGACCGCUUCCGAAGUUUUGAUGCCCUCCUGGCGGACCUGACCCGGUCCCUGUCCGACAACAUUAACCUGCCUCAGGGAGUGCGCUACAUUUACACCAUCGAUGGCUCGCGGAAGAUCGGCAGCAUGGACGAGCUGGAGGAAGGGGAGAGUUACGUCUGCUCGUCCGACAACUUCUUCAAGAAGGUGGAAUACACCAAGAACGUCAACCCCAACUGGUCUGUCAACGUGAAGACCUCUGCCAACCAGAAAGCACCUCAGUCCCUGGCCAGCAGCAACAGUGCCCAGGCCAAGGAGAACAAGGAUUUCGUGCGCCCCAAGCUGGUGACCAUCAUCCGCAGCGGGGUCAAGCCCCGCAAGGCCGUGCGCGUGCUCCUCAACAAGAAGACCGCCCACUCCUUCGAGCAGGUCCUCACUGACAUCACUGAAGCCAUCAAACUGGAGACAGGGGUGGUCAAAAAGCUGUACACCUUGGAUGGGAAGCAGGUGACCUGUCUCCACGAUUUCUUUGGGGAUGAUGAUGUGUUUAUCGCCUGUGGUCCAGAAAAGUUCCGCUAUGCACAGGAUGACUUUUCCCUGGAUGAAAGCGAGUGCCGGGUGAUGAAGGGGAGCCCAGCAGGUGCCACGGGCAGCAAAUCCUCCCCCACCCCUCAGAAGAGCUCGGCCAAGAGCCCCGCGCCCAUGCGCCGCAGCAAGUCCCCGGCCGAUUCAGGUAACCACCAAGAUGCCAACGGGACCUCCAGCAGCCAGCUGUCCACACCCAAAUCCAAGCAGUCCCCGAUCUCCACGCCCACCAGCCCAGGGAGCCUCCGUAAGCACAAGGUGGACUUGUACCUGCCUCUGUCUUUGGAUGACUCGGAUUCCCUCGGAGACUCCAUGUAGAGCGGGAUGUCCACACUGCAUUUGGGAUACAGCGAAGUUCCUCUGCCACAACAAGCAGAUCGGUGACUGGUGCUUUCAAGUCAAAGGACACACGGUUAAAUGUCAUUUUUGUUCUGUGAUUUCUCCUCUCUGUGCCACAAACCAACACCUGCCAGUCUAUAGAGAUAGAGGGAUACCAUUCUUCUG